AAAUAAACGCUGUAGAGCAAAGAUGCCUUCAGAAAUAAUGAAAUGAACUGUUUCUACGUUUAAAAAAAAACACUAUAAAGAGCAGUAAACAGUAAUAAAUGAAGCAAAGCCGCUAUUUGGUGUGACAACCCUUUACUUUAAAAUGUUUUUUUUUUUUUAUUAGUAAUCAGGUAGAAUUGGUGCAGUUUUAUAAGGAAAUGAGCUGUAAGUUUUAUUGAGCAUCUUGCGCCUUCUGGAGACUUUGACUGUCGUACUUGUUUCUUAUUUUUCAGCAAAACCCAGCAGCCUUCAUUGUGUUUUUUGUCUGAAAAUUGUCUCUUACCACGUAAUAUGCUGCUUUCUUUGCUGACGUACACACAUUUUUCUAUAACAUUUAAUGUUGUGCUGGAAAACUAAUGUUUGGAAAUCUAAAAUGUUUUUGUACUGACUCGAUAAUGUAGAAUAAAAUAAAAAAUCUAAAACUUGUGCACAUUACUGUGUUUUAAAUAUUUAUGCCCAUAGUUUUCAUAGCUUUAUAGUUUUUUUGUGUGUGUGUCUCAUUUUCAUAACAUUCUUUCUUGUUUAUCCUAUUAAUAUUAUUGUAUUUCUUGUACUUUACUGUUAUUGCCUUAAGCACCAGUACACCAAGACAGAUUUCUUGUAACCAUGGUAUUUGAAAUUUGAAAGUAAACACCAUGAUUCUAAAUUCUGUGUGUCUGUGUGGAUCAUCUUAUUUCUGUUGGAUUCAACCUAGUGACAAGUUGUUGGUGUUUAUUUGGCUGUUUAAUAUAAUUAUUUGAGCUCCAUAGUGUGUGAUUCUGAACUGUUUGGUUGAGGUGACGUACCGAGAUCUUCAUCAUGGGCAACAGUUUCAGCGUCUCUCCCAAGAGGGAGAAAGAGUUCAUGAAAGGAAGGAAGAAGUCCAAGGUGGACGACUGUCAGGUGGAGAAGAACAUACAGAAGGUGGAGGAGGAGGGGGAAAUCAGCACGGUCGAAGAACAUCGCGAGCUCGAUCAGACCGGCACCAGAAAAGGAGACGUUGUCGUCAAGGGCACGACAAAGCGUCUGACCAUGCACCUGGUGGAGGAGCACUUAGUGGUGGACCCUACCUAUAUUGAGGACUUCCUGCUCACCUGUCGCACCUUCCUGUCCAGCCCGAUGGUGGUGGGAAUGAAACUGCUGGAGUGGUUCCAUGACCCCAGCCUCAGGGAGAAGGUUGCACUGGUAUUUUUGCUGUGGGUGAACAAUCACUUUAAUGACUUUGAAGAUGACCCUGAGAUGAUGCACUUUCUCGAAGAGUUUGAGAAUAAUCUGAAGAGGGAGAAAAUGUUUGGGCACUUGAAGCUGUUGAACAUAGCUUGUGCUACCAAAGCCAAGCUGCGGGUGGUGAAUCUGACUAAGCCAUCACGCAAGGCUCCUCUGCCCUUCAGCCUGCUCGGUGGCUCAGAGAAAGGCUUAAGCAUCUUCAUUGAGAAUGUGGAGCCGGGCAGCAAAGCUGCAGAAGCAGGCCUCAAACGUGGAGAUCAGAUCCUGGAGGCAAAUGGGCAGAACUUUGAGAGUGUACCACUGUCCAAAGCAAAUGAGAUCCUGCGCAGCAAUAAACAUCUGUCUAUUACUGUGAAAACAAGUUUCUUCGUGUUUAAGGAACUUCUGGCUCGACUUGAGCAUGACCAAGAACCUGACCACAAGGAAAAGCUGGACAGGAAGAAUGGGGCUCCCCACAUUCCCAAGAUCGGGGAUAUUAAGAAAGCGAGCCGUUACUCCAUCCCAGACCUGGCUGUGGAUGUGGAGCAAGUGAUGGGUCUCGAGAAAGCAAGCGAGAAAGCCAAGGCCAACACAGUGGGCGGAAGGAACAAGCCCAAGAAGAUCUUUGGCAAGACUCUCCCUACUGGUGUAGUCCAGUCCCAGGAUGACAGCAGUGUCAGAGUGAAGCAGUCGAAACAGGACGCCCACGAGCUUUUGAGGGAGAGUCAGAUCAGCCUGCUGCAAUUAAGCGCGGUGGAAGUGGCCACGCAGCUCUCAGUGCGUGCCUUCGAGCUCUUCCAUGCCAUUGAGCCCACCGAGUACAUCGAUGACCUCUUCAGGUUGCGGUCAUGCUUGCCCCGAACUUCUGGCCUCAAGCUCUUCUAUGAGUCCAUAAACCGAGAGACCUUCUGGGUGGCCACUGAGGUGCUGAGGGAACCCAACCAGUUGAAGCGCAUGGAGAUCAUCAAGCAUUUCAUCAAGAUCGCCCUGUACUGCCGCAAGUGCAAGAACUUCAACUCCAUGUUCGCUAUCAUCAGUGGUCUAAAUCUGGUGCCCGUGUCCAGAAUGCGAGGAACUUGGAAGAAACUUCCCAGCAAGUAUGAGAAGCUUUUCAAUGACCUGCAGGACCUGUUUGACCCAUCCAGAAACAUGGCCAAGUACCAAAACGUUCUUAAAAGCCAGAACAUGCAGCUGCCAAUCAUCCCUCUUUUCCCAAUUUUCAUAAAAGACCUCACCUUCCUCCAUGACGGCAAUGAUUCUAUGGUGGAUGGCCUGGUGAACCUUGAGCAGCUGCAUAUGAUCGCUAAAGAGAUCAGACACGUGGGUCGGAUGGCAGCCGUCAACGUGGACGCGGAGCUGCUGUUCCGCACCAGGUGUCUGAACCGGGGACGUGCCAAUGCAGAUGUCCUGGACGUGACUCAGACGCGUGGGCAUAAGAAGCUGUACGAGGACACACAAAUGGCACCCAAGGUCAAGCAGUACCUGUCUAACCUCACAGUGGAGACCAAUGAGAAGAGUCUGCAGACGCUGUCUAUACAGUGUGAACCCUCCAUAACUAGGACGUUCAUAUGAGCCUCUGUUUUUAUAUUUAAAACCAUUACAACUUGACUACUACACUGUGUGUUAAUGCAGUAUACAGCUGUCACCUGUACAUCUGCAUCAGCUUCUUACGUCGCUCUACCUAACCUCAUGGUGUUUAUUUAUGAAUGGCAAAGUUAUACUACUGCUAGUUUUUUUCAUUUAUUUUUCUUUCUAUUUAUAAUUUUUUUGUGAAGUCACAAACAAAUUUUUCUUCGUGUGAUUGUGGACGAGUUUGCUCUUAGACUGUAACAAAUUUUUGCUCUUAUUAUAUUUAUAUAAUUCUCUUCUUCCUCUUAUUAUUAUUAUUAUUGUUGUUGUUGUUAUUCAUUCUUAUUAUUAAUAAACAGAAAUACACAUG